CGAUGAAGAAAAAACGAUAAAGGCAAUUCCAAUUCCAUUCUACUUUCCAAUUUUCCACUCUUUUGUCUUUCUUUAAUCUUUAUUUAUAAAUUUUUUAUCUUUUAAGAGUGAGAAAGAGGGAACGAUUGCAAGUGAGAGGGUUUUAGAGAGAGAAAGAGAGAUAUAGAGAUGUCGGGAGGAAUAGCGCGUGGACGACUCGCCGAGGAACGGAAGGCAUGGAGGAAGAAUCAUCCUCAUGGUUUUGUUGCGAAGCCAGAGACGUUGCAGGAUGGAACGGUGAAUUUGAUGGUGUGGCAUUGCACCAUCCCUGGCAAAGCAGGGGUUUGCUUUGCAGCAUUCUGGUGGUUGUUAUGUUACUUGAAGAGUGACAGCUCUGUGACUGAUUGGGAGGGCGGUUAUUUCCCACUUACACUCCACUUCAGUGAAGAUUAUCCUAGCAAGCCUCCAAAGUGUAAAUUUCCGCAAGGUUUUUUUCACCCAAAUGUUUACCCAUCUGGUACUGUUUGCCUCUCAAUCCUAAAUGAGGAUAGUGGUUGGAGACCAGCCAUAACCGUGAAGCAGAUUCUUGUGGGUAUCCAGGAUUUGCUGGAUGCUCCAAAUCCUGCUGAUCCUGCACAAACUGAAGGCUACCACCUCUUCAUCCAGGAUGCCAAUGAAUAUAAGAGAAGGGUUCGCCAGCAAGCCAAGCAGUACCCACCUCUGGUCUAGUGUUAUUAAAAUACUAGAUUGUCCUUGACAUUUCUGGUAAAGUGCCGGCUGGCUGCCUCCUGUAUAAUGCUAGACUCGCUUCUCCUAGAGAAAGCCUUUGGUAUUUGGUAAUUGUCAGUUACCUGACUCUGUAAACUGUAUGAAACCAGCUUUUGCGCUCAUCAGAUUUGGAUAAUGGCGGUUUAUAUACUAUUUAGACUUGUAACUUGCAAGUGGAAAACUGUGAAAGCCGCCUUCCAUACAGAGAACUCUGUGUUGUUUAUGGUGUGCACUAUGCACCAAAGACCUAUGACAGUAAUUUACAACUUGCUUUAUGGUUUGGA